UUUAUUCUAAUGAUCAAUAACAGGAGUAAGAUUUCGGGGUUUGAAUCACCCGGGAAUAGUUGGAACAGCUCCCUCAAUGGAACUUCUUAUUAUUUGGAAUGAAAGGGAAAGACAACUUGUUGAGAAUGGAGUUGAGUCUUUGAAACUUUGUGAAGUUGUGCAUCAACGGCCAAUGGCUAGCUUACCAACAACAAAGGGUUGUCUCCUCGGAAAGAUCCAAGAGGGUACUCCAGAGUGGGAGAAGAUAGCUAGGGAGGCUGCAAGGACCAUACCAGGAAGAGAAAAUGGUGGGAACUGUGACAUUAAAAACCUAAGUACAGGAUCAAAGAUCUACCUUCCUAUAUUCGUAGAGGGAGCAAAUCUAAGUACUGGUGACAUGCACUUUUCUCAGGGAGAUGGUGAAGUCUCAUUCUGUGGGGCAAUUGAGAUGAGCGGCUUUCUCGAUCUCAAGUGUGAAAUAAUAAGGGGUGGAAUGAAAGAGUAUCUAACACCAAUGGGGCCAACUCCACUUCAUGUAAACCCAAUAUUUGAGAUAGGCCCUGUUGAACCAAGAUUCUCAGAAUGGCUUGUCUUUGAGGGUAUAAGCGUUGAUGAGAGUGGGAGACAGCAUUUUCUUGACGAAAAAAAAAAGAAAAAAAAAUCUAAAAUAUGCAAGGCAUUCCAUCAAACAUUUGGUGCUCUUACUGAAUCAUAGAAAUAGAGAUAGAGA